AUGUCGAGUGAUGAUAAAAACAAACCUAGUGAACCCAAGAAUGAGCCCAAGCAAUGUGAUCCCAGGUGUGAACAAAGGUGUGAAACUAAAUGCCAGCCCAGCUGUUUAAAGAAGCUGCUGCAAUGGUGCUCUGAAAAGUGCCCACAGGAAAAGUGCCCAGCACCACCGAAGUGUCCACCAUGCCCCAGCCCAGCUCCCUGUCCUCCCAAGCCAUGUUCCAAGCCCUGUCUUCCUAAAUGCCCACAGCCCUACCCACCCCCAGAGUGA